AGUGCUGCUCGGGCCACCGGCCGGUCGGUAGCUCCGAGGGGAGAUUGGGACUACCUGCGUACACAUCACAUCAUCUGACACCGUGGAAGCUUCAGGAGCACCUACAUCACUGAGUGCUCGCCUCUCGGGUCCCGGAGGAGUCCCGACCAGUGGCUGCCACCGUCCCUGUUCGCAGCGAGACGACAUAGUCGCCGGAGGUAGCCGGCUGGUCAACGGGUAGCACCAUUACUGCAUUCACCGCCACUGGGAUGGUUCGUCACGCUUUUCUGGUGGCCACUCUGGCCUUCUGGCUUCCGCUGGCCGACCCGGAGCCGACGCCCGCACCCUCCCCGGAGGCCCUGCCGACGCCCAAGCUCAGUGCCCCGGCGCCCACCAAGCCGUCGGCGCCCGCAGCGGCCGAGCCGGCGCCCACAGCGGCGGCGCUGGCCGCCGCCCACCGCGCUGCACCCUACCAGCUGCUGCCUCUGGCUCCCAGCUACGGCGAGCCGAGCGCGACGCACGGCGCGCGACGCGACUACGACCCGAGGACCCCGGCGCACGGCUCGGCGGCAGACUACGGAGAGACUGAGAGGAGUUAUGGCGCACCGGCGCACGGCUACGGCGCCCCGGCACACGGCUACGGUGCACCACCCGUCGAGAACUACUGCUACGCUAAGACACACUUCAAGACCACCUGGCUGCCCAUGACGCAGUACAAGACACACUGGGCGACAAAGCAGAUAGUGGUGCCGUUCACAAUGUACAAGUACGUCACAGCCACCAGCUACUGGCCGACCACGCACACCGAAUGGAAGGAGGUGGUGAAGACGCUGCCGUACCGCUACGUGGCCAAAACGCAGGUGGUCUACCGCACCAAGACACUGCUGGAGAAGCACCAGGACUACACCAACACUGAGUAUGUGUGGCACACGCAGAACUACAUGGAUCACCACACGGUCACCAAGCACAUCACCAAGUACGUCACCAAGACCAACUACUACACGGAUACGGUGACGGAGUACGUGCAGAAGCCGGUGUACUACACGGAGACGGCCACUGUGUACGAGGCCAAGUACCAGACGCGCAAGGUCACAGAGCCCUACUACGAGACGGUAUACAAAACGGUGAAGAAACCGGAGCCGAUAUACGUGACCGACUACAAGACCAAGCAGCAGUACCACACCGUGUACCGGACACACAACAAGGAGGUGUACCACACCGUCACCCGGUGCCCCUACCGGCCGACCGGCUACCACUGA